GUGUACAUGCGUGAAAAUGACGUUUGGCAACGCCAAAACAAAAGUGCACACCAUGGCAUCAAAACUGACGCCCGUUUAACGAAACAAACUAAUUUAAUUUUAAUCCGCCUUAAGGCCUACCGAACAACACAACAUUUGCAAACACAGUGUCAUAAAGUGCUAAAGAGCAUCACAAAGCAAAAUUUUCGCUUUUUGGACACACUUGCAUUCAUAAUCCCACCAACACUCGUACAUAAAUGUUAUCAUUGCCGCCCUAUAGUACAGUGGGGCAUAUACACAUAAUAUUUUGAUCUCAAGGACGAACGCCGAACAGCAGCGGACGUUAAGAGUUUGCGCCAACAAACAAUUGCGUCAUGAUUGUCUCUAAGUUACCACAACUAAAUGGUCUGCUGUGUAUGUGGAAGUAGUUGGAAUAUAAAAUCAAAAAAACCGAUAUCAUUGCAAAAUACCUAGUCAUUAAUUCAUAUGGAAAAGUCAACUAUUAGCGAUAUCGAUCCUUAUGGCUUCAAACGCGGUGCUAAUUUUGAUUAUGAGAAUUAUUCAAAAUUCUUUUCCACCUAUUUGAAAGUCCUUGCAGGACGAGAAACCAAAUGGAAAAAAUUACUGGAAAAAAAAGGAGAUCUCAGUAAUGUCGAUAGAUCUGUACUAAAGCGUUACAUACGCAAAGGCGUACCACUUUCCUAUCGCGCCGCAGUAUGGAUGGAAACGUCUGGUGCGGCGGCUCAACAAAAGAGUUCACCUGGUCUCUAUACUAGUUUACUGAAAAUCGAACAUUUUAACAAGGAAAUUAGUGAUUCUAUAUUAAUCGAUCUACCUCGUACUUUUCCUGACAAUAUUAAGUUCGAUACAAAACGGCUCAACAAUGUUUUACUUGCGUAUGCCCAUCAUAACCAGGAUGUGGGAUACUGUCAGGGGCUAAACUAUAUCGCAGGCUUGCUGCUUAUUGUGACCAAUGACGAGGAGAAAUCUUUUUGGCUAUUAAAGCAUAUCGUAGAGAAAAUCCUUCCACAAUAUCACACAAAGAAUAUGGCCAAUCUAUUACGGGAUUUAGCCGUGUUUAAGGAGCUAAUUAUUCGGCGGUAUCCGGAUCUUAAUCGGCACGUGGAGGCUUUGGGACUGCCUUAUCCAGUCAUUGCUACCAAGUGGUUUAUUUGCAUUUUUGCUGAGGUACUGCCUGUAGAAACCGUUUUUCGCAUAUGGGAUUGUGUCUUUGCUGAGGGCUAUAAGAUUGUUUUCCGCGCUGCUCUGGCGAUGUUUGUUUCACAUAAAGAUGUAAUACUCAGUUGCCAGGAUAUAGGCGCUCUGGCUCCUCUAUUUCGAGAUUCAAUGACCCAGGAUAGUAUUGUGACGGAUUGUCACAGCUUUAUAAAAACUAUGUUUGCAUUGCGUUUGAAACGUAGCGAACUUGAAAACUUGCGGAAGGUGUGUAAUGCGGACAAUAUAUAAGCAACAAUAUCCAAAUUCACAACUGAACAGCAAUUGAAGAAAUCAAUUAUUAGGAAUGUAGCGUAAAUUCGUCUUCAAUAAUACAUAAAUGUAACAUUUUUGUAUGCAAGCAUGCACAUUGCUUCAUUCCAUUGUAGAUCAGAGCAUGCUACAUCAAUGUUAUAGAGAAAUACCAAAGCGAAAUCCAUCGAAAAGUGAACUAUUUUAAAGUAAAUGUGUCUGAAUGUAUUAGUAGCUCUAGCCAAAAUUAGUGUCAAUAUAAAUGUGUGUACGUAGGCAUAUAUACGAAUAUAUGUAGCUAUGCUUAAGACUUGUAGGGCAUUAACUCGGUCAUUUCUAUUUUAUCACAAAUUAUUUAUUUGUAUUUAUUUACCACUCGGUAUGUGUGUACGUAAGCAAUUUAAAGACCAUACACAAAACAAUUGCAUUCGUAAGUUGUACUUCAAUUGUUAUAUAGUUGUCUAAGUUAUUAUGUAAUUAAAUGAUUCAUAUGAAUCAUUGCCAAUGCUCUAUAACUAGGUAUUGCGGUUUACGAAAAGUAGGGUGUUGAGCAAGACCAAACUAAGCUUCAUAAUUUUGUUUUAUUUUGUACUGAGAAACGCUUCUUAAAUACAUGAAUUUAUUCAAAGUGUA